AUGCAAAAAAUUAAAAAUAUUGUUCAUUAUUGGCUUAUUGGCAGAGUAUCUGUACGUGGUCUGGGGUCCGUUUUAGGUUCAUUAAAACAGCAGAGUGGUACUUUUACCCGUAACAAUAGUUUGAAAGACAGUUUAAACUCGUUCUCAAAUAUUCGCCAAACAAUGAUCGUCAGGAGUUGUCCAUGUGAAAGGUACAACAACACUCUAACUAAAACUAUUCAUGAGAAAUAUCUAUUCAUUAAGAAUAUCAUAACAGCUGAGAAAACACCUGAUUAUCAAACGACGAUAACUUAUACAACGCAUGGUGAUGUCGUUUUUCUCAUUGAAAAUAUUAUUCCAUUGCUAGAAAGAUGGCAGGCUCCAAUAAGCAUAGCUUUAUAUACUCCCGGAUCUGAUUUCAAUGUGACAUUAGAUGCAAUUUUAUAUUUUAGGAAUUGUCAUGAUCAACGAGAUCUUGUGAGAGAUUUUGCGUCAUUUCAUUUCUUUCUUGAGAAGGAUUUAGUGCCUAAAGACAUGAAUCUUGACAUUGAGGAAUCAGAAUUUUCUUGUUCUUCAAAUGAACAUCUUUUAAAACUUAAACAUGGUGAAACUUACAGAGCUUUGAAAGAGCUCGUCUACCCUAUUAAUGUUGGACGAAAUCUUGCAAGAGAAACUGUUGGUACUCAUUUUGUUCUGGCUAGCGACAUUGAACUUUAUCCCAGCCCUGGAUUGAAUGAAAAUUUCUUUCGUAUGAUCAAUCAAAAUCCAGAAGCUUAUCCUGAUGGAAAAAAUGUCUUUGUACUUCCUGUGUUUGAAAUUGAAAAAGGUGUCGAAUUGCCUCAAAAUAAAUCACAACUUCGUGAGCUUUUCAAUGUUGGUAAAGUUGUUUGGUUUCAUAAGCAAGUGAUGUGGUCUUAUCACAAAGUUCCAAAUGAUACCAAAUGGAUGAAUGAAGAUGACCCAGAACUCAAAGUAUUUGUUACUGUCAAAAGAAAAGUUGAACAGAGAUUUUGGGAACCUUUUUAUAUUGGUACAAAUGCUGAACCAACAUUCGAUGAGCGAUUAAGUUGGGAAGGAAAAGCUAAUAAAAUGACGCAAGCUUACAUCAUGUGUCUACUUGAUUAUAAUUAUCACGUGCUUUCAAACGCAUUCUUCAUUCAUAGACCAGGAAUUAAGACGCAGAAACAAGCCGCACGAGUGGAAUGGGAAGCUGUUGGACAAAAAAUUUUACACGAGGUUAUUGAGCCUGAUAUUAAACUAUUGUAUGGAGAGAGAAAAGGUUGUUGGCUUACGUAA